AUGGCAGCCUAUUUCACUAAAAUGAAGAAAUUAAAGGAUGAGCUGCGUUGUUUAGCUCCAAUACCCGAAGAAAAAAGGGAUAUGGAGGAACUCAUCAAUAGACAAGAUGUAAUGGAUCUUCUAAUGGGAUUAAAUGAUACCUAUGAUUCAGUAAGGAGUCAAAUCCUAAUGAUGGACCCACUCCCUUCUCUCAACAAAACAUAUGCCAUACUUAUGAGUGUAGAGAAACAAGAAGAGAUUCAAGGAGUGGUUCACAACUCCAACCCCAUGGUCUUUAUGAGUGCUCACAAGUUAUCAUCUAAUGCCCUUGAAAGGAGAAAGAUCGACAAGAAAGCUCUAAUGUGUGAUCACUACAAGCGAACAGGUCACACCAAGGAGACAUGUUUUAAACUCCAUGGAUUACCUGAAUGGUACAAAAGUGCUCAAGACAAGAAAAGAAAAGAGGUGAAAGGGACAUAUGGCAGCUUAGCAUACACCAACACAACUCUUCAAAUCUCUGAUGAAGGAAUAAGUUCUGCAACAGCACCAAUGUCUAUAACCUCAGACUCUCUCACAGAAUUAAUUCAAAGGGAGAUUAAAAAGGCCUUUGAGAAAGCCAAUACUCCUCUGGACCAUCUCAAUAUGCUGGAAGUGGAACACUCAGGACCUGAGAAGUAAAGUUGAAAUUGGAAAACGAAAGCUCAGGGGACACCUUUACUGCUUGUCACCAGAGCCCUCCUUGAAACUACUGUCAGUCAAUACGGAUUUCCCAUGGCACUACAGGCUUGGACAUCCCUCAGAAAAAGUCAUGCAACAUCUAGAUUGUGUAGGCAGGUCUGAAUUCACCUGUAAGC